GUCGAUUCCACAAAACAGAAUCGGCGGAAGAACAUCGGUUUGCUUGGAUAACUCACGUACGGAGUCGACGCGUGGUUUGUAUUAUAAACUUAGCGUGGUACUUGCAUACUAUGAACAUGGCGACUUGGAGGUUAUUGUCUCCUAAUGGUCCGGUUAAUAUUUUGUGUACGAGGAAAUUAGCCACAAUAAAAAGUGGACCUAAACUUAAACAUGACGUAGAAAAAACUAUUUUACCACAAAAACCAAAGAAACCACUAAAUGCAUAUUUGCUAUAUUUUCAAUCUAUAAAAAGUAAAUGGCAACAAGAACAUCCAGAUAUUAAGUAUAUAGAACUUGUUAAAAAAAUAUCUCAGGAAUGGACAAAAGUUGAUCUAACAAUAAAGCAGCAACUUCAAAAGCAACAUGAGGAUGAAUUCGCUAUAUACAAACAAAAAUUAGAUGCCUACAAUAAUUCUCUAACUAAGGAACAAAGAAUAUUAAUAAUAGAUGAAUUAAAGAAAAAGAAAAACACUUCGGAAAAAAACCAAACCAAAAAAAAGCUUAUGGAACUUGGUAAACCAAAACGACCAUUAAGUGCUUAUUUCAUAUUUAUGAUGAAUAAGAAGGCUGACAAAGAUUCAACAAUAUCACAAAAGGAAUGGGUAAAAAAUAUUUCUAAUGAAUGGAAUAAUAUGACAACAAAAGAUAAAGAUAAAUAUUACACUGAAGCAAAGCAAUUACAAGAAAAAUACAACAGUGAAUUGAAAAAAUGGGUGGAAGAUAUGAUUAAAUCAGGUCACUCUGAUCUGCUAAACUCACAUCAUCUGCUAAACUCACUCGACACCAAAUCUAAACGCAAUGACAGUGUUAAUAAACAUAAAGAAUAGGAUUCAGAGUGCCCCAACCAAUCUAAUGCGAAAACCACUGAAUCUAUUACUACAGAUUUUUCAAAUAUUAAAGCCCAAAACAAACAAAGCAACAAUAUUAAAACAGGUUGGGGCACUGAUGCUAUCAGUUUUGCAGGAGGAGAUGUUACUCUUGCUCAUAAUGUUUCAGAUCAGCAGCAUGAAUCUAAAAGAAGUUUUACACUUGAUAAUGGCAAAAACGAUUUACAGAUCUUCAAAUAUUCAAAAAAUGAGGCGAAAAGUGUGUUGAUAAACAACAGUAAAUCAACACAACCUGGUAUAUAUAAAAACUAACACGAAUGGACUAUCAUAAUUGAUGGCAAGGAGAUGCAUCUGGUGGCUCUUUAAACUAUCACCUUUUAUAUGAUUGAGAUAUUUCUGAUGUCAGUAACUCAAUGAAUUUUUUUAAAACUAUCAAUUAUUCUAUCAGAUUUAUUUAUAUCUGUUUCCUUCACUUAUAUGUAUGAUUGCAUUGCAUUUUGAAAUUAUAAAUUUCCUCAAUGCA